GCGUUCAUUCGAGAAAACACUACGAUGCCUAUUCCGAAAGUCCGCGAGUUCAGGAGCAUAGUAAAAGCACUUACCAACUGAAAAUGGAGCGCGUAUACGGAACACCUCUUUCUAAAAUCAGGCCGGGUAAAGAGCAGCCUACUGAGGCGGUCGAUGAAUAUAUCACACCACACAAUUUAUCCUUCCCCAGCUCUAUAGUUUAAGGUCCCGCAAUGUGGGCUCUUUAAUAGAACCGGCAGCGUUAUUCCUCCUACUCGUCCGUGGGAGUAGCUUGAAUCCCAUCAGUAGGCCCCUUGGAAAUCGUCUUGGUCGAAAAAGAAACGUCUUUGUCCACAAUGAUCUUGGCCAAUAAAAUAUACUUGUAGACAAUCACUUCAACGUCGUUGGGAUCGUGGAUUGGGAAUGUUCUGGCUUCUACCCAGAUUACUUUAAUGCUCCGCUGCGGACCCAGUCG